AGAGCUCUAUUUGGCGCGAAAAAGCCCAGAGGAAAAGUGCAGAACGGAAGACUUCCUCGCUCGUGUAGUGUUUCUGGUUAAAGGAUAUUAUUAUUAAUAAUAAUACAGAUUGUAUAAAAUGGCUGCCGAAGCUGUGGAUGAUCAUGAGAUGAGGGAAGCUCAGAGGGAGUACCUUGAUUUUCUGGAUGAUGAUCAGGAUCAGGGGAUCUAUCAGAGUAAAGUGCGGGAUAUGAUCAGUGAGAAUAAAUCCCGCCUCGUGGUCAACAUCAACGACCUGCGACGCCGCAACGAAGCACGUGCUGCUAAACUGUUGAACAAUGCUUUCGAGGAGCUCCUGGCGUUCCAGCGUGCUCUGAAGGAUUUGGUUGCCUCGGUUGAUGCUACCUACGCCAAGCAGUUCGAGGAGUUUUUCAUUGGAUUGGAGGGCAGCUUUGGGAGCAAACAUGUCACACCUCGUACCCUCACCUCCCGCCUGCUGGGCUGUAUGGUGUGCGUAGAGGGCAUUGUUACCAAAUGCUCUCUUGUGCGCCCCAAGGUAGUACGAAGUGUACAUUAUUGUCCGGCCACCAAGAAGACUUUGGAGCGUAAAUAUACAGACAUGACCUCACUGGAUGCCUUCCCUUCUAGUUCCAUCUACCCGACGAAGGAUGAGGAGAACAACCCGCUGGAAACUGAGUUUGGUCUGUCCAUCUAUAAAGACCAUCAGACUAUCACAGUGCAGGAGAUGCCCGAGAAGGCUCCGGCUGGUCAGCUGCCCCGUUCGGUGGACAUCAUCCUCGACAACGACUUGGUGGACGCUGCCAAGCCAGGAGACCGUGUGCAGAUCAUUGGCACCUACCGCUGCCUGCCAGGCAAGAAGGGAGGCUUCACCUCUGGCACCUUCAGGACAAUUAUGAUCGCUUGCCAAGUGAAGCAGAUGAGCAAAGAGGUCACCCAGUACUUCUCUGCUAACGACGUGGUGAAGAUCAAGAACUUCAGCAAGUCUCGCACGAAGAAUGUGUUUGACCAGUUGGCCCGCUCUUUGGCUCCCAGUAUCCACGGUCAUGAGUACAUCAAGAAGGCGAUCCUGUGUAUGCUGCUGGGUGGAGUAGAGAAGGUUCUAGAAAAUGGAUCACGCAUCCGUGGAGACAUCAAUGUCCUCCUCAUAGGCGAUCCGUCUGUGGCAAAGUCACAGCUGCUGCGUUAUGUGCUGCAUACAGCCCCUCGUGCCAUUCCCACCACAGGCCGUGGCUCAUCAGGUGUUGGUCUCACUGCAGCAGUCACCACCGACCAGGAGACAGGUGAGCGGCGGCUGGAGGCUGGUGCCAUGGUGCUGGCUGAUCGAGGCGUGGUCUGCAUUGAUGAAUUUGACAAAAUGUCAGACAUGGACCGCACUGCGAUCCACGAAGUCAUGGAGCAGGGGCGUGUCACUAUCGCCAAGGCGGGCAUUCAUGCUCGUCUGAAUGCCCGCUGCAGCGUCCUCGCAGCAGCCAACCCUGUCUAUGGCCGGUAUGACCAGUAUAAGACCCCCAUGGAGAACAUUGGGCUGCAGGACUCUCUUCUGUCUCGUUUCGAUUUGCUUUUCAUCAUGUUGGAUCAGAUGGACCCCGAGCAGGAUCGUGAGAUCUCUGAUCAUGUCCUCCGCAUGCACCGCUACCGUAAUCCUCGCGAGCAAGAAGGAGCAGCAAUGGCUCUGGGUGGUACAGUGGAUGUGUUGGCCACUGAUGACCCUGAUAUAGCACAGGAGGAAGAAGAGGAGCUACAGGUGUAUGAGAAACACAACCAUCUUCUCCAUGGCAACCGGAAACAAAGGGAACGAGUGGUGAGCAAAGAGUUCAUGAGGAAGUACAUCCAUGUUGCCAAGGUGAUCUCUCCAGUAUUGACCCAAGAAGCAGCCAAUCACAUUGCAGAGGAGUACACACGUCUGCGCAACCAGGAACAACUAGGCUCGGACAUUGCUCGGACCUCCCCGGUGACAGUCAGGACUCUGGAGACUCUGAUCCGUCUGGCCACGGCCCACGCCAAGGGCCGCAUGAGCAAAUCUGUGGAGCUCGAGGACACGGAGAUGGCUGUGGAGCUUGUUCAGUUCGCCUACUUUAAAAAGGUUCUGGAGAAGGAGAAGAAGCGAGCCAGACAUGGAGAGCGUGAUGUAACCUCUGAGGAUGAGGAAGACGAGGAGGAAGAUCAGGGCACCCCCAGACAACAAAGGAAGAGGAGGUGCCGUUCGACUGAGCGCAGGCAGUCACAGAGCAGCGAACCUUAUGACCCGUAUGACUUCACCACCGAGGCAGACAUACCUCAGAUUCGAUCUCCAGCUCCUGCAAGGCCCAGCGAGGAGUCCGUGGAGACACCUGAGCAAAACGGCCAUGCAGAGCUAUCAGCGGAUAGGUUGAAGGAGUUCAAAUCCGUGUUGCUGGAGGUCUUCCGUGCCACACAUGCUCAGUCAGUGGGCAUGAACACUCUGAUGGGAGACAUCAACAAGAACCGAUCCACUCCGUUCGAGCAGGCCGAGGUCCGAGCCGCACUCGCACGUAUGCAGGACGACAACCAGGUCAUGGUAGCUGAUGACAUCAUCUUCCUCAUCUAAUGAGGAAAAAAGCUCAGAAUGGAAAGAGAGAAGACAGGAAGUGAUAACACUGCAGUGAACUUUAUUGCAGACAUGUAUUUGGACAUGCAAGGAUUCCCCCCCCCCUUGGUAAUUUACAUGCACAUGUUUGCAUGUAUCCUUUUAUUUCUUUUAAAUGGUAGCCUAUUGUGUGCUGUUUCUAUGAUUUUGCAUUGUUUUCCUUUUUUUUUUCUUCUUCCUGUAACUGUAUGUGUAUUUCAUUUAGGUGACAGCUUUUUAAAAAAGAAAAUUUGUUUUAUUCUUGUUAAGAAACUGGUGACGUGUGUGUUGCUCAAAAGAAGGUUAUGUUUCAGUUCAAUGAAAAAAAAUAAUUAAAAUCCCUGAUUUUA